CCGCUCCCCCCCUCCCUCCCUCCAGGCCCCCCCAGCCUCAGUCUGACCGCUCCUUGACGCACAGCAGGUGUGAAGAACUGCCAUGUAACCACAACGGGAAAAAAGAAAGAAGAAAAAAAGAAUAAAGAAAGAAAAACCGCCCACUUUAGGUGCCUGUCUCCUGACCCCAGCCUGCCCCCCCCCACCCCCCGCACGUGGGUGACCCGGGGUGACUGGCCGACCCUUCAGGCAUGGAGAACCCAGGCGGCCCCAGGCUUGGGAAGCUGUCCUCAUCGGGGCUGCCGAGGGGUCGAACCCCGAAGCACGGACAUCCCCAGGAGCUCGUCCGAACCGUGCCGGUUCCCGAAAACAACAACAAACACAGUCCAAUGUGUGACGAGCAGGCUGAGGGGAAGAGGAAAGGCCGUCCUAAAGCGGAAAUGCAGGAGCUCAGGAGCAUCCCUGCCCAUAUGAUAGUACAAUGGAAGGAAGAGUUUAAGCGCCGCUCCAGGGUUAAAUGCCCGUGUUCAGGAUGCUGGUUAGAGUUUCCCAGCAUCUAUGGAGUCAAGUACCACUAUCAACGCUGCCAGGGGGCCACCGUAACUGAGAAACUGAGUCACGGCUGUCCCUACUGCGAAGCAGCGUUCGCCACCAAGGUACGCCUGCAGAAGCACAAGCGGUGGAACCACGCAGACAGAGUGAGCAUGGAGCCCAAAGAAGAGCAGCUCCGGCUUCAAAAGGCUCCCGUCAAGUCCAGCACCAAGAAGAGACCCAUGGAGAACAGUCCCCCGUCUCCGGUGUUUUUCAAAGUGAAGAAGACCCACGAGGCGUCCACGCCCUCUCAGAAUGGCGAGCUGGCGCACCAGAGGAGCGAGAGGAAACAGCACAGCCACAGUCAGCCUUCGCAGCCCGUCCAGCAGCCCGUCCAGCCUCAGUCCCAAAGCACAUCGUCCGACGCAGGGGGCAGUGAGAGCGAGGGGGGCAGCCUCCCCCCGCCGUUCCCCGACGAAGACCCGGAGCGAAUGCGGCACAGACGAAAACAGAAAACGCCCAAGAAAUUUACUGGAGAACAGCCGUCCAUAUCUGGAACAUUUGGAUUAAAGGGUAUGAGCAAGGUGGAGGAGAAGCUGAAGGCCGGCCGUGCGAAGAGGACGGAGGGCGGCGGGUUCAGCGAGGAGCAUCAGAGGAGGCCGUCUUCAAGUCAGUCUUCCAAGAAAGAGCCGGCCACAACCAGCUCUGGCGUCGUCACCGACACGCAGUGGCAGCGGACCAUCUCUGAGCGAGGCGAGGUGGUCUGUCCCACCUGCUCCAUCGUCACCAGGAAAACAAUCCACGGCCUCAAGAAACACAUGGAGAUUUGCCAGAAGCUCCAGGAUGCCCUGAAGUGCCAGCAGUGCCACAAACAGUUCAGGUCUAAAGCCGGCCUCAACUACCACACCAUGGCUGAACACAGCAGCAAGCCCUCAGGGAGCGAAGGCCAGACGGGCAGCGAGCACGAGGAGAGGGAAAGGCUGCGCCAAGUGCUCAAACAGAUGGGACGAAUCAAGUGUCCCAGCGAGGGGUGUUCAGCCCACUUUUCCAGUCUGAUGGGCUUCCAGUAUCACCAGCAGCGUUGUGGAGGGGAGUUAUCUGACGAUGAGAAGCCUGUGUUUCUGUGUCAGCACUGUGGGAAAAACUACCGCUCCAAGGCGGGCAGAGACUACCACGUACGUACCGAGCACUCCGUCAGCAUCUCCGCCACCCCCACCACCACAGCAGCCGCCCCAAACAACAGCAACAGCAACAGCAAGGACAAUAUCACUGACACCAACAACAACACUGGCAAGGAGAGGGUGGCCUCUGAGGAGUCUCUGUCAGGAGGCAGGAAGGAGCAAAGCCAACCUGAGAGGAAGGACUGGCAGGAGAAAGCACUGAGCAGCCAGCAGAAGGAGAAGGCCAGAGAAACGUGGGAAAAAGACAGAGAAGCCCGAGAGAGGGAGCGGGACAAAGCGAAGGCGGCACAGGUGAACAGCCAGGGGGAGGACUUUGAACGGACCCCCAGCGGCAGGGUGAGGCGGCGGUCGGCCCAGGUGGCCGUGUUCCACCUGCAGGAGAUAGCAGAGGACGAGCUGGCCAAGGACUGGGGCACCAAGCGCCGGAUCAAGGACGACUUGGUGCCUGACAGCAAACGGUUAAACUACACUCGACCGGGCCUCCCCAACUUCAGUCCAGAGCUGCUGGAGGCCUGGAAGAACCAGGUCAAGGAGAAGGGCUUCAUCUGCUGCACGAAUGAAAACUGUGAAGCUGUUUACUCCAGUGUGUCAGGACUUAAAGCUCACCUCGCCAACUGCAGCCAGGGCGGUGGUGAGCUGGGGAAGUACACCUGUCUCAUCUGUCAGAAGGAGUUUAGCUCUGAAAGUGGUGUCAAGUACCACAUUAGCAAGACACACUCACAGAACUGGUUCCGUGCAGCGACCACUCAAGUGGUCUCCAGUAGCAAAAGCAAAGUGCCGGACAGCAUCGGGACCAAAGCCGAGGUGAGGAACGGCGCCACCACCGGGAAGAAAAGAGGCCGCAAACCGAAGGAACGCCUCCCGGCGGACGAGUCCCUCCAGACAAACACUGAAGCGCUCGCCACUAAUCAAACCGUAGCCCCCGCAGUGACCCCGUCCAGCCCAGCACAGUCCCCCUCCCCGACCCCCGACCCCACGGACAGCGACGAUUCAGGCCCGGACACACAGCCCGCACGGAGCAAACCCAAGAGGCUGUCUUUGCUAGAGUAGCUCUGCUUGUUGUCGACCCAGGAGCCAGAGAGGAUGCUUACUGUAAAUGGAGGCUAAACAGAGACUCGGCACUGAGAAGAAAGCCAAACCACCUAUUACGAAGCGAAACAUCUAGCACAGUCUCCUAAUCUUGGUCUGGAAACACUAGAGGUAAUCCGUACUGUGACAAACAAUACUCACACCAGUAGUGUUUUUGUUUCUCCAUUCCACUUUCGUCCCCUUUCAAAGGCACACGGUUUAGUUUGUCCACUCACCGCAGGAGGUCAGUAGAAAUCAGAGAUCGGAGCCCGACCUUUCAAACGGAUAGUUUUUUUUUUUUAAGCAGGAGUAGUAUUCCGAAUAAAUGGAGAGUCGUUUUACUCUGAGAAGUUUGUGUUGUGUUUGAGAGGUUUUAAAAAGAUUAUUCUAUUAGCAUGGUGAAGUCAUUUAACGAUAACUAGUGUUUUCACAUGUUUUUUUUUUUUUUCCCACAGAUAUACUGUACUGUGUACAUAAACAAUAUCUAUAACUAUAUCUCUAUAUACUCAAAGCAAUGAUGCCACCGGUCAUUUUCGAGCCUGACACGUCCAGAUGGGUCAUGCGCAGUCGGAGGUUUUUACAGUUGUGUGCUGUCGUGCAAUGUUGUUUUAAAUCUUUGAAUUCCUUCCUGCUUUCACUUUUUUUUUUUUGUUUUGUUUUGUUUUGUUUUCAUGUUUUCUGUAAGCAGAUGUCAAAUAAGCUAAAUCAUCGGUCAGUUGUUAACCAUGUUUCAAUCUUUUUCCUGCAUCAGUCACUGACAGUGAAAGGUGUCUGCUUUGACAACCAUAAUUAAUUAAUUGUUUGAAAUUUACUUCCACAGUUCUUUUACACUGAAGUCGAUAAGCAGAAUAUUUCCAGGAGUGGUUAUUGGAUAUUUCCACCUGCAUGGAAAAAGUUAGGAUUAUGUGGAAUGAGAUAUCGUUUACCUGACCUUAAACAAAAGACAUUUGAAGCAUUCUAAAAUGGGACAAAGCUAAACUAUUUGACUGAAGGAAGAUUUUCGUGUGAAGCUUGUUGCACCGUUGCGGCACAAUCAAAUGAUGUGACACCAUCAUAACGGAGGCCACAUUUCACCUCCUGCUUACGCUUGAAUGAAAGCUGAGGAAAGAAUAAUAAAAAAAAAAAAUACUAUCUUUUAUAGAGAAGUUGAGGAUAAUAAUCUGCAAAUGAAGAUCGAGAUAUAAUAAUGUUUAUGAAUUAAUUCAUGGGCGCUCAAAGUUAUUGCCUUGCACUUUAACCCUUCCUGCUCCCCUCUUGUAUUUUUGCACUUCAGGAGUAUCUCACCUAACCUAGUGGCUGUCUGAUGCUGGAGUGGGAAUAUUUUACUCUGACGAAACCCUAAAUUUGUCUUUACAUGGUUGACAGCCGUGUAAUUAUGACUCAACCCUCAAAGCCAUAACUGGUCUAUUGGAAGCUGAAGGCUGCUCCGGCGCCCGACGUUAGAUUAGCUCCAUAUUUAAAUUUUAAAUCUAUAUACAUAUAUAAAAAUAUAUAUAAAAUAAUAAAUUGCUUUUAAGAUCUAAAAGAUCAGAGAUUAUUUUCACUGUAAUGUGUUUAAAGUAGAUACUUGAAUCCACAGGUAGAAUACCAAUUUGAGUAAAUGAAAAGUUCAUGAUUUGCUUUAUAUUUGCAGUUUAUGUCCACAAAAAAAAAAUAUUGACUGAAUGACAUAAUAGUUCUAUUUUAUAUUCUAUUGUAUGAAUUACUUAGAUUACAAUCCGAUAGCUUUGGAUAAAAUCGUGAGGUGAGAUGAUAAGGGUGCUUUACUUACCACUCUACCUUAAAGAACCAGACACAACUCACUAAAGUCCUCAGAUCCAUCCCACCAGCUGACAAGUCCUCUGAAUUUUGCACCAAACUGUCAU